GAUGAAAACUGUCUUGAGACAAGAAUUAAACUUCUGGUCGUCUGUUUGAGCUGGAAAACUCACCCAAUUAUUGAUUUGUUGUUUAGUGGUGGCUGGUGUUUCUCCCCUGUAUGCUGUGUAGCCUGAAAGGAGAAUAGGAGACUUCUACUCGAGGGACAAACACAGGAAGUUGAGUUCUGAAAACCUCAGGUCAUAGUUUUAUUUCCCUUUUGCAGAUCUGCCAGCCUCCUUAUUCUGAGGAAAUCCAUCCUUAAGUAGUUUUUUCAUCAGUUCCUGAGUUUUCCUGGCCUGUCUGUAACAGCUCAUCUGUGCUGGUGCACGUAUGCUGUUCACUAGCAGCUAAACACAUCUGCUGCAGAGUUUGUGCCAAGAUGAAAAAAUAUAUCAAGCUUGAAAAUGUGGUUACAUACAUGCCUUUGAGGUUUUCUGGAAAAAAUCUGCAAAUUAUCCCUGGUUAUAGCUACAUCUCCAAGAGAUUCUUGAGUUGAGUUUUAUGGAGUGUUCUGGGAUAGCACUUUGUGACCGAAUUAGAGUCUCCUUGUCCACUUCUCGUUAGCUGAGAAUUUUGUUUUCAUCUUGCAUGUGGUGCUUCAGGUGUUCCCUGCUGGCAGGUCAGUCCCCAGCAGUGACCUUUGUCAUUGAAAAUGGUGUCAUUCAAACUUGAUUCUCUUCCUGUUUUUCCUUGGUUUGCAACGCAAACUGUCUGACUGAGCACAACACAAGGAUCUAUUGAGGAAGCUGCUCCUGCAGCAACAGCUGAGAACUUGACAAGGAAGGGAUUUGGGUCAGGUCAAAUACUUCUGGUGAUUCCGGAAAGUUAACCUGCCACAUCUCACAGAAAACAAGACUUGAUGUCCACCUGGCUGUCAGAAAGAAUUGCGAGGGUUUUUUGUAAUUUUAAAGAUUUUGCAGAAGCCUAAGUUAUUUCAAGUAGUUAUAAAGUCUGUAGGGAAAAUAGGGUGGUGUGGGGAGAUGUUUUGGUUGUGGUAGGGGAAUUUACUUGGUUACUUUGUUCCUGUACUGCUUAUAGUAAGGGAAAGGAAGUGUGAUCAACAGUAAAUGACUAAUUCAAGUUCGUACUGAAUUUCUUCUAGCCUCGCUCUGAAUUCAUAAUGGAGAAAGUUUAGCUUCAAUAUAAAAAAAUGCUAUGUAAAUAUAUUAUUGAACAAUAUAUGAGAUUUUUAUCAUUAAUUAUUUCUCUCCUUUUCUGAUCUAGCUUACCAUGGCAGGUGAUGACUGUGUAAGGAAACGCCAGUCUGGCUCCACUGCAAACUGCAAGACCCCUGAGAAUGAAGAAACACAUAGGAGACCUGAGAGUGAGAGACCCUUCCAAAACUCAAGCAAUGGCUGGGUUGAUGUCGACCACGUGAUAACGAGGAAAAUGCAGCUCAUAGCAGAAGCUGAGCAACUGAAGCCAGCUUUCAUGAAGGAGGUGGACAGUCACUUCACAGAGUUUGUGAACAGUUUGGUGGCAAAAUCAGCACUCCUGGAUUCCUCAUCUCCAGCCUCCCUUUUCCCAGCUUCCUGUGCAGAAAAGGAACUGCACAAAGCCAAGACUUCGAGAGCCCCUCCAGAACAUGGGAAAAUCUUUACUGCCAGGAGGUCCCUCUUGGAUGAGCUGUUUGAAGUGAGUCACAUCAGGACAAUCUACCACAUGUUCAUCGCUCUUCUCAUUGUCUUCAUCCUCAGUACACUUCUAGUAGACUUCAUUGAUGAAGGAAGGCUGGUCCUUGGAUUUGAUCUCCUGGUCUUUGUUUUUGGAAAGUUCCCAGUUGUCUUCUGUACUUGGCUGUGCAUGUUCAGUGCCACAGUAGUUGUUCCAUACAACCUUUUUGUCUGGUGGGCCCAAGGCUAUUCCAGUUCCUCCCAUCGUGCAAUCCAUUCUUUCUUCUAUGGCAUGCUGUUCACACUCUUCCAAAUAGCUGGGCUUGGGUUUGGACCAACUUAUGUUGCUGUAUCCUAUGCCCUGCCUCCAGCUUCCCGCUUCAUUGUGAUCCUGGAACAGGUUCGUCUUGUUAUGAAGGCUCAUUCCUUCAUCCGGGAGAAUGUACCCAGAGUCCUGUCCUCAGUGAAGGACAAGGCUGGCACAGUACAUAUUCCCAGAAUUUCUCAGUACCUGUACUUCCUGUUUGCUCCCACCCUCAUCUACAGAGACAACUACCCCAGGAAUCCCACAAUAAGAUGGGGCUAUGUAGCUACCAAGUUUGCACAGGUGCUUGGUUCACUUUUCUAUGCCUACUACAUCUUUGUGAGACUCUGCAUUCCUCAGUUUCGCAACAGUAGCCAGGAAACCUUCAACCUUCGAGGGCUGGUCCUCUGCAUCUUCAACUCCAUCCUGCCAGGUGUGCUGAUUCUCUUCUUGGUGUUCUUUGCCUUCCUUCACUGUUGGCUCAAUGCGUUUGCUGAGAUGCUGCGCUUUGCAGACAGGAUGUUCUACAAGGACUGGUGGAAUUCCACAUCCUAUGCAAACUACUACAGAACCUGGAACGUGGUAGUACAUGACUGGCUCUAUUACUAUGCCUACAGGGACUUCCUUUGGUUUUUUGGUAAGAAGUUCAGAGCAGCAGCCAUGCUGUCUGUCUUCACUGUGUCAGCUGCCGUGCAUGAGUAUGUCCUCAGCAUCUGCUUCGGCUUCUUCUAUCCAGUUCUCUUCUGCCUGUUUUCAUGCUUUGGAGUGGUCUUCAACUUCACCCUAAAUGACCGUCGGAAAGGGCCCUUCUGGAAUGUGAUCAUGUGGACUUCCCUCUUCCUGGGCCAAGGUGUCAUCAUCUGCCUCUACAGCCAGGAGUGGUAUGCCCGCCAGUACUGCCCCACAGAAAAUCCCACAUUCCUGGACUAUUUAAAGCCACGCUCAUGGUCGUGUCAUACGAAGAUGUGAAAAUGGGGUGCUCUGACCAUGUCAUAACAGAAAAACAGAGAUGUCCUCCAAGUAUUUGGACCAAUGAUCUAACUCACUACAGACUUUUUCUAAGGGAAGUUGUGCCUCCUGAUUAUUGGGGAGAAACAGUAAUUUUUUUAAACAUUGCUGGAGCAAACCAGUUGACCUGGAUUGCAACAGACUUCAAAGGCAGCAUCUAUUACAUGCUGUCCCACUUUGAGCCAUUUCCAUGCCAGUAAAACGUUGAGCUGAAGGUGGAGUCUACUGGAAUCCUACUCAUCCAGGGGUCCCCCCAAAUGCUGCUUUUCUGGACAAGAGGCAAGCUAGUCAGAUUUGCUGGUAGCUCAUUGUUGGUAUCCGUCCAUCUUUCUUAGCCAUUCCCUUGCAGUUUUUUUCUCCUUUUUGGUAAUGGGAUGUCUGCAAAACUUUUGUUCUUCAUGAUUCUGCCUGCCACUGUGACACAGACAAGUGGCAGAGCAUCAGGGUGUUUGCCUCCUUGCUCUGAAGAUGGCCAAAGUUUUCCUGGCUGGCUUCAAACUGCAUCCUGUGUAUGUUGGCUGCCAACACAUAUAAAAUGGGCAGAGAAGAGGGAUUGUCACUGUGCUGAGUCAGGUUCAGAAGCAGGGCAUGGUGUGUGCAGUCUUUAUGACUUUUUACACCAAAAAUUUGUUUUCUCUGUAUUCAUUUAGUUCCCAGCUGCCUUACAGCAUUUUUAUUCUCUGAAGGCCCUUGUGACUUGAGGAGUACCUUUUCUUCUUGCUCUUCCUUUCUCCUGCUCUAGGUAAUCAGUUCCUUUGACAUGAUUAACUUGUAAAAGAGCUUUUGCUUAAAUUUGGCGGGUGCUUUAAGGUAUACAGGUUGUUAAGGGUUUCUUUACUAAGAAAAACUUGAAAUACUAUGACCCAACUGUAAGAAAAUGGGAUCAACUUUACAGGUACAGAGCAUGAUCUUAUUUGAAAUGGCCACGUGCAGUUCAGUGUGCCAGCACACCUUGCCUGUGUGUACUGGAGAAGUUUCUAGUGCUGCUGAGGAAUGAGGAUUGGCCCAGAGCUGCUUUGUCACCUGCCUGUGUCUGCCCUGAUAUCAGAGGGGCUUCAGGUGGAGAUCAGCUCCCUGGGACUGCCCUCUUGGUGAAGAGGUAGGACACCUUCCCACACACACCAAUAAAGGCGUUUGGUGAUUUUUGGUGUUUCCAUAGCAAUUAAUCAUAGUUCUUUCAGCUCCUUUGUUCUGUCUGGUGCUAAACAGAACAGGGAACUUCCAGAGUGUCUGGGUACAGAUCAUUGCAGUUUUACUGGAACAGUAGCUCCCAUUAUUUGAGCCAGGGUCACCUGAUGGACACAACUUAUGUGAAAAGGACCAUCUGAUACAGAUACCAGAACUUUGGUGACAAAUAUUUUAGAAUUACUCAAGUGUUAUCAGAAACUGCCAGUGGACAACAAGCAUUUCCUUACUACCUACAGCACUGUGACUUCAUAGCAGUAUUGGGACCAUUGAUGGACUUGUCUCCCAAACCACUUCAGACUCACCUUUGGGCUUCUGCUUUUACUAAUCUCAGUCAGAAGUAAUUUCAUGAAGGCUAGGGAAUACUUCAACUCUUCCAAAUCUUCAGUAAGAAGGAAUCAUACUCUUAAGAAAGGACAUUGUAACAGGUCAAAUUUGCCAAAUAGUGUUUCUGUGUCGGGUUCUCCUCUGAAAACACUUCCUGCUAAAAAUUGUUUGAUGAAACCAUUGAAGUAAUUUCAGAGGAACUAUAUGCUCAAAUUUGGCAGUAUUCGUGUAUAAUUUCCUGAGAAUUAAAUGGAUUACUUUAUAAUCAAUCAGAUUACUCAAUCUGAAAUAUUUCACCAUACCUUUUGUGGGAGGAAAGAACAGAAGUUCUGGAACAACUAAGCUUCCUUAUUGAUUGAAAAAACAGUCAAAUGUACAAAAAAGCACCCUUUGGCCAAACAGCUUUGUCACCUCCCUGGUAUAGGGCGAGAUUCAAUCCAAUUCUUUUUUGUUGGGUUCUUGAAACACUUACCAAGGUAACUGCACUCAGAGAGAGUGGGAUGGGUUAAGGAUUUGGUUUGCCAUCUUGAUACAGUUGGCAGGUCUUGAUACAGUUUCGGUGUUUUCAAAGAGAGGCCAAAGGAUGGCACUUUGUGCCCUGUUUCGGUGUUUCCCUCACACCUGGCGCUGUCUGUGCCCAGAAGGAAUAUCAGCAUUUACUGUGUCAGCAUCAUCACUGUUUGAAGCCUGAGGGUUUGAGCAUCUGGCAAGCAAAAGGCAACCAGAAAGGGAUGCUUAGCUGUUGGAACCAGCCUUAUUUUUGACAAGUUGAGGUUUUCAGCCUUGUAGAUCAAGGCAUCUGGCAACUGUGCUGUCAGGGCAUUAACAACUUGGAUUACUUUCAAUUUUGUGGGUUUUUUAAAUUGCUUUUUAAUGUGGGCUUAUUUUCAUUUUUCUCAAGAGUGCUGGAGAGGAAAUACUAAGUCUUUUGCACGUUGCUUAUUUAAUUAAAAGUCAGUUAUACCACAUUUGAGUUUCUUAAACUGCAAGUGCCAGAGCACUUGAGCAGAGCAGUGCAAUGUUUUGGUCAGUGGUGAGGAUGUGAAGGUUCCCAACCUGCCCAUUACGAGCUCUUAAUAUAAUGUAAUAUAA